UCCUGGGCAGAUGUUUUACAACUUCUUGCAUUCCCCACGAGUUUGCUCAGACCCGGGGUUUCUCCCUGGCUCUGCUCGCAGCAUUUUGUUUUCCGUUCUUAAAAGAAAAAACCGUGGCGGGAGGGAAGGAGGGAGGGGGGAAAGCUGGAAGGACUUUAGGGAUGUUCCGGAAAGUUUGUUUCACAGGACAGGAAGGCAGCAACUCAAACAAGGAAGACAGGACCCCCCAAUAAUGGCAUCCGGCUCUUGCCAAGAAAUUCCAUCACGGCAAAGGGAAGGGAAGCCUGGCUGUGCCGCCCCAAAGGGAGGAGGGGACUCCGCACUGAUGGAGCCGCGCUUUAGCACUGCCUUCGGCAGAAGCCGUUCAAAUGAAAAGAUCGUUUUACUCUGAGAGACGAUCAGCCCGCGAAUAGCGGAAGUGCCAGAGAGAAUCCCAAUUUGUUUUGUGGUUUAAAAACAACAACCCCCCCCCCCACCAACCGAGGGUAUAUUUCCCUUAGUGGGCGGUUCUGCAACAUUCUGGGGCUGGUAUUAAUAAGAGCUCUAAUGGAAUCCUCUUUUGGCGGUUUUAAUUAGAUCGGCCGGGAAAUUGUUUUCUUGAUUUCCCUCUCCCAACACCUCCUCCUCUCUAGCUGCCGGACGCUUGUGGAUUAAAUAGCUUUUCGUUCUGUGAAAGUUGUUUCGCGGGGCAAAACACAGUUUGGAGAAGGCGGGCGAGCGAGCGAGAGUUCCUGCAGAAGAUGCUGCUAGGACAAUAGAGGCGCCCCUUAAAUGCCUGCAGGCAGCCUCCGUCCAGCAUGGCUGUCUAUGCCCUCACUGGCUUCUCCCUUGUCAGCCUGCUCAGUUUUGGCUACCUCUCUUGGGACUGGAUGAAGCCCAGCUUGGUGGCAGACCUUCCCCUAGACCCGAUGAUGGGAAAAUCUCUCGCCCCGGCUCUUUCCCGACCGCCUCACCUCAUCUUCAUUCUGACGGAUGACCAGGGUUAUCAUGACGUGGGCUACCAUGGCUCGGAUAUCCAGACCCCAACACUGGACAGACUGGCUGCAGAAGGGGUCAAGCUGGAGAAUUACUACAUCCAGCCCAUCUGCACCCCCUCCAGGAGCCAGCUGAUUACAGGAAGGUACCAAAUCCACACAGGUCUUCAGCACUCCAUCAUUCGUCCCCGGCAGCCCAACUGCUUGCCCUUGAACCAAGUCACUCUUCCCCAGAAGCUGCAGGAAGCUGGCUAUUCCACACACAUGGUUGGCAAGUGGCACUUAGGCUUCUACAGAAAGGAAUGCCUGCCCACCCGCAGGGGCUUUGACACCUUCCUGGGUUCACUGACAGGAAAUGUGGAUUACUACACCUAUGACAACUGUGAUGGACCUGGCGUGUGUGGCUAUGAUCUUCAUGAUGGGGAAAAUGUGGCCUGGGAACAGAGUGGCAAGUAUUCCACUUUCCUCUAUGCUCAACGAGUCAACAAAAUCCUGGCAACCCAUAACCCCAAGGAGCCCAUAUUUAUCUAUGUAGCAUUCCAAGCUGUACAUACUCCCUUGCAGUCCCCUAAAGAGUACAUCUACCGCUAUCGCUCCAUGGGCAAUGUGGCACGUCGCAAAUAUGCUGCUAUGGUCACUUGCAUGGAUGAAGCUGUGAAGAACAUCACUUGGGCACUCAAGAAGUAUGGCUACUAUGACAACAGUGUGAUUGUGUUCUCCACAGACAAUGGUGGGCAGACAUUCUCUGGGGGGAGCAACUGGCCUCUGAGAGGCCGCAAAGGAACCUACUGGGAAGGAGGAGUCCGUGGCAUUGGGUUUGUCCACAGCCCGCUAAUCAAGCGCAAAAGGAGAACCAGCAGGGCACUGAUUCACAUAACAGACUGGUACCCGACUCUGGUGACCUUGGCUGGGGGCAACGUGUCUGAAACAGAGAAUCUGGAUGGGUAUAAUGUGUGGCCAGCGAUCAGUGAGGGCAAAGAGUCUCCCCGCACUGAAAUCCUGCACAAUAUCGACCCCCUUUAUAACCAUGCCAAAUAUGGCUCCUUGGAGAGUGGCUUUGGCCUAUGGAAUACUGCAGUACAGGCCUCUGUACGGGUAGGAGACUGGAAGCUUCUCACUGGAGAUCCUGGCUACAGUGACUGGAUCCCACCACAGACUCUGACCAACUUCCCAGGGAGUUGGUGGAAUCUAGAACGCCUGACGAACGGUCUGCGCAAAUCUGUCUGGCUCUUCAACAUCACUGCUGACCCCUAUGAGCGCUAUGACCUGUCAGACCACCGGCCUGAUGUAGUCAGGGCUCUCCUCCUCAGACUUGUCCACUACAACCGGACGGCCAUUCCCGUCAGAUACCCAGCAGAGAACCCUCGAGCUCACCCAGACUUCAAUGGUGGUGCCUGGGGACCCUGGGCUACCGAAGAAGAAGAAGAGUGGCAAAGAGGACACGGGAAGCUGAGAAAUAAAAACCGCAAGAAGAAGUGUAAGAUCUGCAAGCUGCGCUCCUUCUUCCGGAAGCUGAACACCAGGCUGAUGUCAAACCGAAUAUGAUGUGGGUGGGUGGAGGAUGGUUUCAAACGCAACCUCUAUGAGGUGCAGGUCCAAAUGAUGAGAACAGGGGAAAGCCGGGUGUGUGUGUGGCAGGGAGCUGGGAGGGCAGAGAUACACAGAUGGACAUAGACUCAGCAGUGUCAUCACACUGGGAAGCCCCCCCCCCGCCAAGUACCUGUUGUCUCUCUAACCUUGGAGAGCCUGAUAGUCCUUCCCUCCCACAUCUCUUGUUUCAAAAUGUUUCGGGCUAUGAUUAUUAAGGAGCAUCAUGAUUUACAGUAUAUGCCAAUGUGCAUAAUAAUAAUAUACAGUAGAUUGAACAUGUCUUAUGCAGGCCAUCUAGGAACCAGGGAAGAAAGAAUCACCUCAGGCAAAGUAUUGUGUGCUAACCAAAGACCAAAAUAAUCCUAUUCAAACCCACCUAAAGGUGUUUUAGAAUGCCUGCUUAGGCAGAGGAGCUGCUGUAUGUUUGCUAUUGCUCAUGAAAGGCUGAGCAUAAAUGCUCUAUGUUACGUAAUGUUUUUGCUCUGGGAAAGAAUCUGUGGGCUCCCGCUGCCCCCUCAGGGCUGCAGUUCUUCACUCCUGAUAACUUCAGAGCAUGUGGGUGGCGAUAAAGAUGACUCGGGACAGUUAUUUUUAUCAGGCAUCCAACACAGACCUGAACAGUGUGAAUACUUUAUCCUAAAUAUACAUAAUGGCAAACAUCUUGUAAACGUAGGCAGGGACAUCAGUAAGAGUGUUGCAUAGCCUCAUGUUUGCAGAAAGUGUUUUAACUAUUGAGCAAACAUUUACAUACUGAUCUACGUAUCUUUUCAUACAUGGAAAUGAAUGAGCAUCUAUUUACUUAGACAUGUGCACACACACUUUCAUAAUGGAGUGUGGACUUCUUGAAAGGAAGCUACUCGUUUUAUCAAGCUCCUUUGGCCAUGUAGGAUCUUCCAUGGCAGACUCAAACUUAUUGCACAUAUCUUUUGUUUCCUUAUUGAAUUUUGAGGAUGCAAAAGAAUUAUUGUGCGUUCCUUCAAAAGUGACCUGUGCUUAAAAAGCGGGGGGGGGGGAUGCACACAUAUAAUAAGGUUAGAAAUAGUUUUUUAAAAAGAUUUACUCCUCUACUCUGAGAACACCUGCUUCAUGCAGCGCAUAAUUGAUUUCAAACAAUGGUUGUGAGUGAUAAUAGCUAACUGAAACCUCCAUAUGGACAAGCAGAGUAGCAGAUAUUGAUGACAAAUUGACAAUGACCAUCACCGACUGCUCUGAAGUUUCCAGAGGCAUCUGACCUGACCAGCCACUGUAGAAGACCCCACUGGACUAGAUCAAAUGAGGUAAUUCUGAUGAUCAUACAGUCCAGAAGUACCAAUGUUUACACAUUCAAGGAUUAAUCAAAGGCUGUGAUCAGUUGAAAUGAACUCGCCAACUCCUAGCAAAAUCAGGAAUUCAUUCAGGAAUAAGCAAGCAUGUAAGCUUUAAGUAUGUAAACAGCAGGGCUGUUAUUUCUUGUGAGGGAAAUUUCCAAUCCUGUAUUAAAACAUAAUGACUUAUGUCUUAUGAAUGCACCAAGAAAGGAAGGAUGUGUGGCUGAAACAUCCUGUCAUUUCUUGUUUGUGUAAAGUUAUUUUCUCCUGAGACAACUCCUUAAUCUUGAUUGUGUAGAGGAUUAUUUUACUUGCCUCGUGAUAUAUAGUCAUUGCAACAUUUCCAGAUGCAGGAAUGGCUUGAAAAAGGAUUCUCUUGUGUGGCUUGCAAUAUAAUACAGGAAGUGGCCCUGGGAGUCCUGGUGCUGAAUUUCUGCACACUUAACCAAAAAGAUCUACCCCAUUUCUUCAUUUUUGAUGUCUGCUUUCCAUCCAUUCUGUGAUGUGCCAUCUUUACUUGUAGUAGUCGUGCAUACAAAGGUUGUUCGCACAACCUUAGGGGCUGGGGGCGGGGCUGGGGGGAAGGGGCAGGGUCCUACCUACUUGCCUUCCUGCACAAGAAGCAGGACCCAAACAGGGCUCUGCCACCAGCACACCCUCAUGAGUGGUGGGGUGGCAGGCAGCAUGCUGCUCUAUGGUAAGCACAGCUGCUGGCAGACAUGAUCCAGGAGCCCACAUGAUCCAGGUGUGAGGUAGGAGGCUUAUGCGGGUUUCAGACCUGGGCUACCUGGAAUGGAGUACCAGGAUUGGAAGCAAUCUCAGCACUGCACAUGAUCAGCUCCACCUAGAGUAGCCCUGUCCUACCCAGGUAGGACUGGUUGUGUGAAUCACCUCACAGUGUUGCUUACCUGCAGCCUCCUGGAGAGGAAAAAGAGAUGCACUAUAAUUGUGUGUGGGAGCCUCAACUUGGAACACUCUUUGGUAGACUGUGAAAUACGGGUGCCUUGACAUCUUCCAAGGGAAGCUGCAGAGUCUCAGGACUUUCUGAACCACUGCAGGCUGCUGAAUUAACUUUCUUUUUUCCCUGAGUCUCUCUUAGCCUUACUAGCAAUAGGGUAGUAUUCAUAACUUUAGUUAUCUGAAAACAGUAAUUGGAAUGUUCAGGCAAAAUGAGACUGGCAGAAUCCUCCAACCCAUUUCUUUUCAUUUGUGACUUUUUUCCAAUUUUUGGGUGAGGACUGUAUUAAUGCCUCUGUAUGCACCACAGACAGGGGCGGGCCAUGAAGAAAGAAGGUACAUGGCUUUUAAAAACUAAUGUGACUUGCAUUUACAUUUACACAAUGCAUUUUACAUUUUCUGCCCCCAGGUUUUACUUGGUGCAGUAUAUGUAGGCGAAAACCCUGGGGUGAAUUUUGAAAAAUAGUUAUUUUUGUCGCUGGAGAAUGAGCCCUGUUAGGACUUGUCAGCUCUUGGAUGAGUUGUGAGAGGGACUUUUUCUUUCUCUCUUUUUAAAUCCCGAAAUAACAUUUAUUUAAAAUCUGUCAUUGAAAGAUGCGACAGUUGGCAGCAUUUAUACGGUGUACCUUUUGGGGAAGCUUUGGAGAUCUGUGUAUGCUUGAGUACAGUGUGGAUUGCAAUGCUACUCCUGUUUUUACCAGAAUAAUGGUGCACAACAUGCUUGGGUUUGGGGAGGAUGCAAUCCAAAGAGAGGUGGGAAAGGGACUGCAUGAGAAAUAACAGAUUGUUGUCCCUUUGAAACAGCUAACAGGGUGAGGGCCUAUUUUCGCUCUUCUAAGAAGCUUCUAAAUGCUAUAUAAAUUACAUGCAUUUCUGUGUAAAUGAUGUCGUUUCAGAAGGGACAAAGAAUUGAAUAUGACUGUUUUUUUUAAAAAACUGGCUGGAAAUGUACCUCGGUAUGCCAGUAACUGUGUGGUAAAACUGGUCCUUGAAAAGUAUUGAUACAUGAUGAGACAUUUAUCACACAUGUGCACCUGAGCAGAAACCCAGCUUAGCAAGGAAUAGUAUGAAAUAAAAAAUAUUCAGAGUUUA